AUGAACCAGGAUUCCAAUGUAUUACGGUGUGACAAUUCUGGAUAUUCUCCUAGGUGUGAAACCUUAAGAGGAGGCCAUAAAGAGAUAGUUAAAGUAUUGAUUGAGAAUAAUGUUGAUGUCUCUCAGUGUAACAUAAAUGGACAUUCUACUUUAUAUGAAGCUUGUAGUGGAGGUCAUACAGAUAUAAUUAAAAUAGUGAUUCAGAAUAAUGUUGAUGUCUGUCAGUGUGGUAGUAUUGGACUUUCUCCUUUGUGUGAAGCUUGUAGAGGAGGUCAUAUAGAUGUUGUUAAAAUAUUGAUUCAGAACAAUGUUGAUGUGUCUGUGUUUGAAGAAGGCAGAGGGUCACCAUUGUAUAGAAAGACAUACAGCUUUAGUGAAAAUAUUUCUUCAGAACAAAGCUGA